GUUCCUCUUCUUCCCCUUCCAUCCACCCCCUCCAAAAAGAAAUCACCUCCAUAAACUGAUCCUUUGAAUUCGUAUCAUCCAAAGGUAUCGAAAACUAACACCGAAGGUUUAGGAACAAGCUAUUCCUUCACUACUUCACUUCAGCUAGAUCUCAUUAUAAUCUUACCGGUCCUUUUCAGCACCCGAGGACCUCUUCUCUGUUUCUCGAAUUUUGAAACCUCGGUUGCAUAACCACUGAGAGAAUGGGAGGCGAAGACCUGCAGGGGCUGCAGGCUACGCUGCACUAUGUUUAUCCGCUCGUAGUUUUCCUGUACUUCGCCAUUACCUCAGCCGUCGCCGUCUGCACACUUCAGACAUCGGACUCGGAUAAAUCCGUACACGUGCGACGCAAGGCUAUACUCUACCUGCUUUUCUUAUUCAUAGCCCUUUUCCUGGCGCAGGUCAUUCUCAAAGUCGUUGAGAUUGCUGUAUGGUCACGAUGGCCAUCCCAGGACACGGUUAUCGGUCUGCUGUCUUGCAUCCUGUCCUUCGGAAUCCAGCAAAAUAGUCUUACAAACUAUCCUAGCACCGUCUGGUACCCGUUCUAUGGAUCGUGGUUAAUUGCACUUGCGUUCGAGCCAGUAAUUGCUACACUCCUGUUUAUCACUGCUCAUGAAUCGGCAGCCAACCACACCCAUUCGUCUGAUAAAUCACUGUUUCUGGAACUCGAUGCCUCGAUCGGCGUCGUCCGCUGCAUAGUCAUUCUAAUCACCCUCUUAGCAUACUUUAUUUGGCGGGAUGGUAAAAUCGAUGUCGAAGAUGACGAGGAACGAGCGCCACUUAUACCUAAACCAGGCCAGCGAUUGAAUGGUAUUGACACAUCAGCGGACAGUGGCUACGGUACUAAUUCGGACGCCACGAACACGGAAGCAACCAACACCGAGACAGCUAACUCUCCGAGUGAUCCCGAAUCUCCUUGGGAACGUCAAGAGCGCAUAUCCCGCGAGAAAAUAGAAAAACGGCUCAAGAACGAGGGUAGCUGGAUUGCGUACGUCAAGGGAUUUCUAAUCUUCUUCCCAUAUAUCUGGCCUGUCAACAAUCGCCGCCUCCAAUUAUACGCUGCGCUCGUGGGACUUUGCCUUUUGGCCGGAAACGCCCUCAACUUUUUGAUUCCCCGUCAGUAUGGUGCCGUUAUGGACUCUUUGAGUGGAGUUUCUGGAAAGAAUCCGUGGGUACAGGUCGCAAUAUUUGCUGGUCUUCGACUCCUAGCAUCCGAGGCUGGAAUUAAUCUUCUGAGGCAAAUGCUAUGGUUGCCUAUUGAGUAUUACUCUGAGGAAGCACUGACGGUUGCGGCAUACUCCCAUAUCAUGAAUCUCUCUUCCGAGUUCCACGAUUCCAAGAGUUCCUCCGACCUCAUUGUCGCCAUUUCGAACGGAACCUCCAUCUCCAACAUGCUCGAGUCGAUAUGUUUUCAAGCACUGCCAAUGAUGAUUGACUUGGUCAUUGCAUUUACGUAUCUGUCUACCAAGUUUGGCCCAUACGAAGGUUUCAUUUCGAUUGCCACUGGUGCUGCAUUCAUUCAAGCCGCUACCCAUAUCAUUGCUAGCUUCAAGGAGAAGAGGAAGAAGAUGGUGAGAACGUAUUUUGAAGAGCAUUAUAUCCGACAGGCCGGUAUUCAGGGCUGGCAGACUGUCAGUGCCUUUAAUCAAGUUCCAUAUGAAGAAAAUCGAUACGGGGUGGCCGUUAAAUCCCACAUAUCCGCUGCAAAGUCGCUCUACUCCGGCUAUUUUGUUGGACAUGCCUUUCAGUAUCUAAUCCUCCUUGCGGGGUUGCUCGCUGGAGCUUUCUUAGCCGUGUAUCAAAUCACACACGGCGAGGCGACUGCUGGAGAUUUUGUCAUGCUCCUGACCUACUGGGGUCAACUCACCUCACCUUUGCGCUUCUUCUCGCAGCUCGGUAAGAGUAUCAGCCAGGACCUGGUACAUGCCGAAAGGCUGCUUGACGUGAUGACGACAAAGCCGACUGUGGUUGAGAAACCCGAUGCUCGACCCUUAAGUCUCAAGGGCGGUAAGGUGGAGUUCCGGAACGUCAGUUUCAGCUACGACAAGAAGAAGGACAUCUUGAAGGGCGUGAAAGUGUCAGUUCCGUCUGGUACUACCGUUGCGUUUGUUGGCGCCACUGGAGCUGGAAAGUCAACAAUACUGAAGCUUCUUGAUCGUUUCUAUGAUGUGACUGGCGGCUCAAUUCUCAUUGAUGGCCAAGACAUCCGAGACGUGACCAUUUCAAGCUUGCGACAAUCUAUCGGUAUAGUUCCUCAAUCGCCAAUUCUUUUUGAUGAUACCGUCAUAAACAACAUUCGAUACGCUCGACUGUCAGCGACAGAUGAAGAAGUAUACAGCGCGUGCAAAGCAGCAGCAAUCCACGAGCAUAUUAUGGGCUUUACCGAGGGCUACAAAACCCGUGUUGGCGAGCGUGGCGUUAAACUAUCCGGCGGCGAAUUGCAACGUAUUGCAAUCGCACGUGCUAUCCUUAAGCAGCCUGAGAUCGUGCUCCUCGAUGAGGCCACGAGCUCUGUUGAUACUGAUACGGAGCAGAAAAUUCAAGAAGGUCUUCGCGCCCUAUGUCAAGGUCGUACUACAUUUAUCGUGGCACAUCGCCUUUCGACUGUUAUGAAUGCUGACACCAUCUUUGUUGUUGCGAAUGGAGAGAUUGCUGAGCAAGGUAAUCAUGAGGACUUAAUCUCCAAGCAGGGUAAAUACGCCGAGCUGUGGUCUAAGCAAAUAUUCGUCAAGCCUAAGGAAUCAAAAGAAGACAAGCAAAAUGGAGAGGCUCUCGGUGUGAUACCUCCGGCUACCACACAAACCGAUGGAUCUGUUGACGAGCGGACAAAUGGCGAUAAGUCGAAGGCCACCGAGGCCAUUCCAGAAACACCAACUGUCGCGACUCCCGUUGCGACGGCAAAGGCUAAUGGACGGGCUGUGAAAACUCCGAAUGGGCAUAAGAAAGAGGGUUCAAAGUUGAAUCCUGGCGCUCCGGAAUUUACACCACGUUCCACAGCUGCUGCGCCAAACCCGAUUCCUUCGUCCCCCGUACGAAACAGCUGGGCUGAAGAAGCUGAAGAAGAGGCUGGUUCUCAUCAUGCGGCAGCAUUUAUGGACUUGGAAUCUGCUUCUAUAUCUACCACAAUACAUGAGGCGACCCCUUCGAGUAGACAUGGUGCUACUGCUGCUGCUGCUGCUUCGCCAGUCAUUCCCCCGGAGCCAGUUACUAAGCCAGUCACCGAACCAAACCCAUUCGAAGAGGUAUCGGACCCCAAACCUCGUCGAAACACUCUCCAGUCUGUUUCUUGUCCCGAGCAUCCGUCGCUUAGCUACAGUCCGGCACGCUCCGUUAGCCAGCCGGUGCCGAAUCCACCUAAUGUUCCCGGGAAAGACAUGAAACCCACACAAGAACAAAGUGAUGCAAAGCCUGUUCCAGCUGAAGAGAAGCCAUCACAAGGGGCAGACAGGGGGAGGGGUGGGUUUCGCGGCCGGAAUCGAGGCCGUUACCGUGGCGGGAAGGGCCGACGACGCAACCCGUCCAACCCUCGACUAAACGUGAAGGGGGCUACAGGAUCCUCACAAGGACGCGGUGGCUCAACAUCCAACGCGCGAUGAUUUCUUUUCUAAUCUUUGGCUGAGACUCCAAGGAUAUUCGGCAUUUCUAUAUCACUUAGGUAUUUUUCUUCGUUUGCAAGACACGACCCAAUUUUUGGAUCCGACCUUUUAACCGUUUUACUUCUUCUGCAUAUUGCUACAACAUUUCUAC